AUGACAACGCUAACUCAUUCGUUGCCUGGCACAGACUUGAGCAAAGUCAUACAAAAACGAAGUGCUGGCUCUAUAGGAUCCGAUGAAGAGGAUUCUAGCCAGAAAUAUUCUAGAAUGGAAGAUGAUAAUAUCCAAGACAAAGAAAGAUUUGCCAGGGAGAAUCAUUGCGAAAUCGAGAGGCGGCGGCGGAACAAGAUGACAGCGUACAUCACGGAACUGUCGGACAUGGUGCCGGCAUGUCAAUCACUAGCUCGGAAACCGGACAAACUCACCAUACUCCGAAUGGCUGUUAACCAUAUGAAAAGUCUCAGGGGUACAGGUAACACAAACAAUGAUGGCACCUACAAACCUAGCUUUCUAACGGAUCAAGAGCUUAAACAUUUAAUAUUGGAAGCAGCUGAUGGUUUUCUAUUUGUUGUUACAUGUGAUACUGGUAGAGUUAUAUACGUUUCCGACUCUGUUGCACCAGUAUUAAAUUAUUCACAAAAUGACUGGUUAGGGACAAGUAUGUUUGAUCAUUUACAUCCCGAAGACGUGGAAAAAGUACGUGAACAACUAUCCACACAGGAACCACAAAAUUCAGGGCGUAUAUUAGAUUUGAAAACUGGUACAGUGAAAAAAGAGGGUCAUCAAUCUUCAAUGAGACUGUGCAUGGGUUCUCGACGUGGGUUCAUUUGUCGAAUGAAAAUCGGUAAUAGUGGUGGUAUGAUGUCCAGUAUAUCGGGUCAUAAUCUACAUCAACGUCUUAAACAGCGUAAUACAUUAGGACCAACUCGUGAUGGUAACGAAUUUGCCGUCAUCCACUGCACUGGCUACAUAAAGAACUGGCCUCCAUCUGGUCAGUUUGAUCAUCCAUUAUCUGGUGUUCAAAUUGAGAGAGCUGUCGAAGAAGAUGGUACUCAUUGUUGUUUAGUUGCUAUUGGACGGUUGCAAGUUACUUCCACUCCAAACACUACUGAUUUAGCUGGGUCUAAUAGUAAUGCUGAAUUCAUAUCUAGACAUUCUAUGGAUGGUAAAUUUACAUUUGUUGAUCAGCGUGUUACACAUAUACUUGGCUAUAAGCCACAAGACCUUUUAAGCAAAACGUGUUAUGAGUUCUUUCAUCCUGAAGACCAAACUCAUAUGAAAGAAAGUUUUGAACAAGUUCUUAAAAUGAAAGGCCAGAUGAUGUCCGUGAUGUAUCGGUUUCGAGGUAAAAAUCAUGACUGGAUUUGGCUAAGAACAAAUGCAUUUGCAUUUUUAAAUCCAUAUACUGAUGAUAUUGAGUAUAUUGUGUGCAACAAUUCAACAGCUAAGUCCUCAAUGCACUCCCCAUCUGAAAGUGGAGUUAAUAUCAGUAACCCGUCUACUGAACCUGUUUAUCAACAACAGGCACCUGGAUUAGAUUAUACAGUUCAAAGAAGGGAUCAUGUAGCAGCACCACCAUAUCAAGCUCAUGCAAUGAUUGCUGCUGCUCCAACAGCCAGUCAACAUAUGAUACCCAACAAUACAGCGCAAAGACCAAACAGCGCUCAAAAUGUAUUUAAUACAUAUGAAACGAAUGCAUCACCCAUUAGCUAUCAUUCGCCCAAUCAAGGUACUCAAAGUCAAGUUCAAUCCCCAUUAAUAAAUCGCCUAACUAAGUCAAGUCCAACACCUGCACAAACAGCAUGGACAUUGCGCCAACCCGUCACUGAAGGUUACCAAUAUAAUCAAGAAAUGAGUCCAUCUCGUUCACCAUCAGGUCCAACAUAUACACAAUUGAGUGGUGGAGCCAGACAAACAACGUAUCACAAUCCUUCACCAGCAACUGCCUCUCCAGGAAUGUGGGGUUGGCAAGCUGGAGCAACUGGGGCCACAGCUGUGGCAAACAAUGUACCACCACAUCCGCAUAGUGGCCAUCCACAAGAGCUGUCUGAUAUGAUGAUGCAGAUGCUUGAUCAGAGUGCAGCAGCUGCUUCAUUUGAAGACCUUAACAUGUUCAACACAAAUUUUGAAUGA